CGAAAAUGUCCGGCAUUCUAAAUUUAUUGCCACGAAAAGUCGACUGCAAAGAUCUGCAUGGCUACUUAAAAACACUGCAUUCUACAGUGCUAGAAAGACUGUAUUCACAUCCGGCAACAUGUCUUGCCGUUUUCAGACAACUUCCACUCCUAGCCAGGCAUUAUGUGAUGAGGGUAUUGUUUGUGGAACAGCCUGUCCAUCAGUCCGUGGUUGCUUCCUGGACUGUCAAUAAAUUUGUAGAUGAUCAUCGCCAUGCAUCUCAGAUUUUAAGCGAUCUCAGGGUUUGGAAUGACCACACCAUGCCCGGUGGUCUCCAGGGAUGGAUCCUUAAUUCUGUUUUCCGAAAGAAUCUCAAAGUGGCUUUGCUUGGUGGUGGGAGUGCCUGGGUCGGCACAGGCAAUCUUGCCCCUGACAAACAUGGCAAGGAUGUGGAAUUCUUAGACAGUUACUGUAAAGAACGGUGGGAAUGUGUUCUACACUUCAUGGUGGGAUCAAAAGAGGCCACUGACGGAGUGAGUCGAGAUGUGGUGGAGAUCCUUCUUCAUGCAGGGCUUAUGAAAGGCGAACCAGGCGGCGGUGCUCCGAACAUAACGCCUGCUGGUUUCCAGUUCCUCCUUUUAGACACACCCACCCAGAUCUGGCACUUCAUGCUGCACUACCUUGAGACUGUGGAGUCCCGAGGCAUGGACCUGGUCCAGUCCUUAUCCUUCCUCUUCCAACUAAGUUUCUCCACCCUGGGCAAGGACUACUCAACAGACGGCUUGGAUGAGAACCAGUUCAAGCUGUUACAGCAUUUAAGAGAAUUUGGUCUCGUCUAUCAGAGAAAGCGAAAGUCACAUCGAUACUAUCCAACGAGACUGGCUAUCAACUUGGCGUCUGGCCUGUCAAAAAAUAGCGUCGAUACCAACAGUAAAGAGGGUUACAUUGUGGUGGAAACAAACUAUCGGGUAUAUGCUUACACUGGUUCUGCACUUCAGGUUGCUCUUCUUGCUCUCUUCUGUGAGAUGCUGUAUCGUUUCCCCAACAUGUGCGUGGCCAACAUCACCAGGGACAGCGUGCGGCAGGCACUGCAGAUGGGCAUCACUGCUGAACAGAUUCUGCAUUUUCUCAGAAGCAAUGCUCACCCAGAAACCUUGAAGCACACACCAGUUAUACCAGCGACAGUUAGUGAUCAAAUCCGGCUUUGGGAAUUGGAGCGGGACCGAUUCAAAUUCAACGAUGGGGUCCUUUAUAACCAGUUCUUGUCACAAAAUGAUUUCGAACUUUUACGAGAUUAUGCAAAGGAUCUUGGAGUUUUAAUCUGGGACAACACACCCAAAAGAACAAUGAUUGUCUCCAGAGCAGGACACGACGACGUGAAGAAAUUUUGGAAACGACACAAGCCAGGCUGAUAUGGAGAUUAGAUGGCAUAAUGUUCAACUGUUAGACUUUUACUAAACAUUACUUUAGUUUGUUCAAUUUCGGUAUGUCAUCAGAAUAUGGAAUUAUUUAAAUGGAGUAAAAAUUAAGAACAAUUAUGAAGAGUGAAAAUCCACUGAACUGUGGUUAAAUGAUUCCGUGUUCAGUUCAUCAUUUAGUCAUGUUGAACUAAUAUGUGCUACAUGUACAAUCUGUCUACAAUCUGUGCAGUUGUCAGAUAAAUGGCGAGGUUGAACUUGAAAAAGAAUCAUACACAUGUAUAGAAAUCAAACUAAAAGUAAAAUCAUGGAUGGAAUAAGAAAUGUGUUCAUGGCUGUACAUGUAUGGUGCUCGUAAUGAAAACUGUAAAUAAAUAUUUCUAUGAAAGAAAAGAUUUGUUCAGUUGUGUUCAACUUGAAAAACCAUUGACUGGCAUGACAAAAAAGUCUUCAGGACUUUAUGGAUCAUCACAGCCAAUGUUUGAUGGUGUCUUGGUUCCAAAAGCUUUUUUGUCUCCCUUGCCUUAGUGUCCUGAUAAGAGGCCAUUUCUUUACUCCUGUUCAUAUAUGUAAUUAUGUUAGAACUUCCCUUAGCGACACCACUGCUAGCAGGCCACUCUAUGGAUACUGACUUUGGUCCCGAAUUGGUAAAUUCCUCCAAUUUUACCUCUGUAAUCAGAACACGUGUCAGCAUUUGUCAG